CAGCAACAUGGUAAGAUCCCCUUAUAUUGACAAAAAGGGGCUGAAGAAAGGUGCAUGGAGUGAUGACGAAGACAAGAAGUUGAGAGCCUAUGUUCUAAGAUAUGGCCACUGGAAUUGGCGUCAGCUGCCGAAGUUCGCUGGGCUUUCCAGGUGCGGGAAAAGUUGCAGAUUGAGAUGGAUGAAUUACCUGAGACCUGGUCUGAAAAGGGGCAACUAUACCGUUGAAGAGGAGGAUCUAAUCAUCAAACUACAUGAGCAAUUAGGGAACAGAUGGUCGGCCAUUGCUGGGAAAUUACCUGGAAGAUCAGACAAUGAAGUAAAAAAUUAUUGGCACACUCGUCUGAGGAAACGCAUUAAUCAAGAUCCUAGAUCAACCAAAAUUAUCAAGCAAACCAGUGAUCAAAAAACCGGGCAUAUGCAUGAUGCAAAUCAAAUCAAGCUAUCUGCUGCGAUCUCUGAUUCUGAUUCCAAUGAUAAGAGAGAAAUGGAGCCUAACAUUGCUGCUGCUGCACCUGUUGCUGAUACUAAAAUGUCGUCUUUAAUUUGUGAUUCCAGCCUUUCUGACAGCAAUAGUUCAGUGGAAUAUUCAUUUGCUGAAUCCUUUGAGAGUUUCUGGACCCAGCCCUUUAUAUUGGAUGCAUCCUAUAACAGUAAUGUUCUUGCGUUACCACCAAUGGAGGAAGAAUUUACUUUUCUUUCACCUCCUAUGUUCAUAUAUGAUGGUAUGGAUUGAUUAUAAGAAUAGUACUAUCACACUGUAGCCCAAAGAUUGUCAGUUUUGGUAUGGUAAAGAGUUAGAGAACUGUUUUGUUUAUUC